AUGGCCGAGAACGAACAACAACAGAAUGGUAGUAAUUUGGCAAUGAAUAGUAACAUUCGUGUAAAUACUCAAAACAAACCUGCUCAGGAAAAUAAUAAAAUUCCUGUCCACGUAGUUUUUUUCUAUAAUAUCAGGUAUGAUACUAAACCCGAUGUUGUAAGAAAAUUUGCUGAGAAAUUUGGUGAGAUUAAAUCAAUAUUUGAUAGACAAGAUGCCGGACAAUAUUUUGUUACUUAUUAUGAUAUCAGAGACGCUAAACGCGCUGUUGAACAAGCACCAUUUCAAGAAAUUGAAGGCAGAGAAGUCAAGGCAAACUAUGCCUUCAAGAAUGAUAAAAAUAAGAAAGACCCUGUUUGUGCUACUAUACAAUUCACAACUUCUUCUUCUCAAAUUACCGAAAGUGAUAUACAUGCUAAACUCUCCGAAUUUGGUGAAAUUCGCCAGAUUCGCAAGGAUGGUGAUAAUGUCUUUGUUGUGAAAUAUUUUAAUCUUCGCUCCGUAAAUAAGGCAUUAGAAAAUCCUGAGGUAGAAAUAAUGGGAGAGAAAGUUACUCUCGAAGCAAGGAUUGGCGAGGAUGACGGUAUCUCUAGAGAACCGGAUGCAAUUAAAAAAUCAGAUAAAAGAAGGGAUGAGAAAGAUUUCCAUAAGCGAGAUGACAGAAACAACAAUAAUAAACCUCGAAAUGAGCGUACGCAACAACCACAAGUACAACAAACCCAACAAUAUCAAGCUCAACCUCAAUAUCAGAACUACCCACCACAGCAACCUUACUAUCCACCGCAGUACCCACCACAACAAGCUGCUCCACCUCCAUACCCUUACAAUUACCCUUAUCCGCCUCAACCAGCUCAACAAUAUCAAUAUCCACAGAACCAUUACAGUUAUCCACCACCCCCUCCGCACCAACAACAACCUUACCCUUACCAGCCUCCACCACCACCAGCAUAUCCUUAUCCGCAAGCUCAGCAUCAGCAACCACCUUAUCAACCUCAACAUUACGCUCAGCAGCCAACAUACCAACCUCAGGAGACACAUACACAGCCAUCCUAUCGUCAGGAACAGCCAAGACAAACUCCUUCUCCCCCUCAAUCACAACAAACUCAACAGACACCUCCUCCAGCUCCAGCAACACAACAGCAGCAACAACAGACACAAGAGAAGCCUCAGCAAUCGUCUAUUAGCAAAUUACUUACUUUGUUGCAAUGA